UGAAUACAGCAGUAUAUGAUCCACCUCUUCAUUAUCAGAAGCGGGUGUCCCGGGCCGGCUCGUGCCCCCGCCCCCCGGUGUUGUGACCUCAUCAGACGGUUUCCCGGAACGACGCCCCUCCCUCUCCUCCCUCUCUCUCUCUCUCUCUCCGAGCUGAGCAGUCCCCGCUCGGCCCCGCUCGGCCGCGCUCGGGCCCGCUCGGCCCCGCUCGGCCGCGCUCGGGUUGAAGGGGCGUGUGCGCGCUCCCGAGACACCAGGAAAUAUGGCGGCGCUCAUGACGCUCGGUCAGUUAUCAAGUGGAAACCCAGCCUACGAAGCUCAUUUCAGCUGGAUCCAGGAAACACGGGCAAGAUAUCGGCUGGAGAUGCGGCUCAGUUUCUCAAGAAGUCCGGGCUGUCGGACAGUACGUUGGGCAAGAUUUGGGAUUUGUCCGAUUCAGAAAGAAGAGGAUAUCUGGAUAAGCGGGGUUUCUUCAUAGCUCUGAGACUGGUGGCCUCAGCACAGGGCGGCAAUGACAUCAGCCUGAACAACCUCAACCAGAUCUUGGCUGCACCCAAAUUUAAAGACACUAACAGCCCAUUAUUAAGUGCUUCCACGACAGCGCCUGACUCACAGUGGGCAAUAAGGCAUGAUGAAAAAGGGAAGUUUGAGGGCAUUUUUGAGAGUCUGUCCCCAGUAAAGGGCCUCCUCUCUGGGGACAAAGUCAGGCCAGUUUUGAUAAACUCCAAGCUACCUCUGGAUUUGUUGGGAAAGAUUUGGGACCUAAGUGAUGUGGGCAAAGAUGGGCAUUUGGACAAAGAUGAAUUCAGUGUGGCCAUGCAUCUUGUGUAUCGAGCCAUGGAGAACGAGCCUAUCCCAACCAGCCUACCAGCUUCCCUCAUCCCCCCUUCUAAAAGGAAGAAGUCUGCGGGUGCACUGCCAGGUGCUGUGGCUGUGCUGCCUGCGAUGCCUGCUCUGUCCGGGUUUACAGCCGGCCCAGCUCCUCUCAAAGAGAACCUGCGAAACACUCCUCCUCUGAGCAUCGCUGCUCCCCUCGGCAUCAGUUCUGUCAGCCUCUCUCCAAAACACUCCUUCAAAUCCAGCUCGCAGCCAGCGGUAAACUGGGUUGUACCUGUGGCUGACCGGGAGAGAUAUAAUGACAUUUUCAAGCAAAUGGACUCCGACAAUGACGGACUGGUCACAGGCACUGAGGUGAUAGAGAUCUUCAUGCAGUCCAGUCUCUCGCAGACAAUGCUGGCACAGAUAUGGGGAUUGGCUGACACUAAACAGACGGGGAAGCUGAACCUAGAGCAGUUCUCUCUGGCCAUGUAUCUGAUUCAGCAGAAGGUCAAUAAAGGUGUAGACCCUCCCUCAGGUCUCACCCCCGACAUGAUUCCCCCCUCAGAAAGGACUGCGACAGCAGCCAUGGGCCCUAGCUACGUGGGGCUUUUGUCUUCCCUGAGACCUGAACCUGCUGCACUAGCUAUUAUGCGCAGAGACAGCACCAGCUCCACAGGGUCGGCAGAGCUGACAGGAUUCAAAGAGCUAGAUGACCUCAGCCAGGAAAUAGCUCAGCUGCAGAGAGAGAAAUUCAUUCUUGAGCAAGAGGUCAGGGAAAAGGAGGAUGCCAUCAAGCAGCAAAACAGUGAAGUUCAGGACAUGCAGACCAGCUUGGACAGGGAGAGCAGCGGCCUGCAGGACCUGGAGUCCCAAAAGCAGGAUGCCCAGGAGCGUCUGGAGGAGAUGGACCAGCAGCGCUCCAAGCUGGACGGAAUGCUCAGCGACGUUAAGACAAAGUGUCAAGGAGAAUCCCAAAUGAUUUCGUCCCUGCAGAGCCAGAUCCGCUCUCAGGAGACCGACCUCCAGAGCCAGGAGGACGAACUGAGCCGCACCAAGGCAGACCUGAGCCGGUUGCAGGACGAGGAGGCCCAGCUGGAGCAGAGCCUGCUCUCCGGUCGCGUCCAGCUGGACAGCAUCAUCAAGUCGCUCAAAACCACCCAGGAAGAGAUCAACCAGGCUCGCAGUAAGUUGUCACUGAUCCAGGAUAACCAAAAGGAGAUGACCAAGACCAUUGAGCAGUACAACGGCGCUUUGGGCGACAUCAACGGAGGAAACUUCAGCAACCUGCCGGAUUUAAGCGAAGGGUUUGCUGAGAAGGAGAAUGGAGGUUUCAGGGGCGCGGACGGUUCUUUCAAGUCAAAGAUCGCCAUGUUCAACAACAGCAGUGCCAAGGAGGCCUCAGCCGACCCCUUCCAGACAGAAGACCCCUUCAAGUCCGACCCCUUCCAAGAUCCAUUUGGAGGAGAUCCUUUCAAAGAAAGCGAUCCCUUCAAAGGCACCUCGGCUGAUGAUUUUUUCAAGAGGACAGACAAGUCUGACCUGUUUGGAUCCUCAGAACCCUUUGGUAGAAAACCCUCACUACCAACCAAGCCAAGUACUUUCAGCAGUGGUGAUCGCUUCACAUCAAACAGCCCAAAACCAAAUGAUUCAGAUCUGUUUAGGACAGCGGACCCCUUUCGAAGCCACUCCAUUGGAAGCAAGGGGGGUGGAUUUGCUGACUUCAGUCAGAUGUCAAAGAAAUCAGACAACCCUGUGCUCCCAUCAAAGAAAAAUGUUCCUAACCGGCCUGCACCUCCCUAUGUAGGUUUGCUCAGUUUGGCUGCGCCAGAGCCGCUCCAGAGCGUUCGCCCCACCGCGGACAGUAGAGACUCUUUUGUCACGACAGACUCGAGUAACGCGUCCAAAGACUGUCCUGUGGGUUUUUUUGGAAGUGAGCGUCAGCAGCUGGAGUGGGCCAAGCAAGAGAGCGAGCGCGAGGAGCAGGAGAGGCUGCGGAGGCUGCGGCUCCAGGAGCAGCAGGACCUGGAGUUCGCCAUCGCUCUCAGCAGGGCCGACAUGCCCGGCGUCUGACCAGGCAUGACCCCACCACAGCUUUUAUCAGUCCUCUUCCUUUUGCAUUAUAGUUCUCCAUCCUCAAGGCGCAUGACAACAGCAUCGACACUGGCCCCCGACAUGACUAGCAGCUCCCUGUUACCAAUUUGUGUAAGACACCAGUGUUUCUCCCGCCAUGACUUGGACUCGUGUCAAAUGACUCCACAUUUAGCUGGCUCAGGUUCAUUGCUCCCAAACUACAUGGCAACUAUAAUCAGGGACAAUACGGAGCCACUUGAUUUUAAGCCCGAGUUCAUCCUACAAGAACAUAGCGAUUUAGCGCAACGCGAACCAGAAGGGGGUUCUCCACUACAACCUAAAUCUAGCUCCAUAUCUUGUUCUGGUUAAUCACCCUGCCUUAACCACAAGCCUUUUUGUUGCAAAAAGAAGAUAAUCUUAAGAAUAUUUUACUGUUUUAUUUGUGUACAAAAGUGAUGAAUCUGCUGUGUAUGAAGUACGUGUAUAAUGCGCUGUAUGAACAGUUUUAUAUAACUUUAAUUACUUAAUUAAAAUUUCAUAUUGAAGGUUAGAAAGUCAAACGAGACAACCUAACAACGCUGUUAGCCGGGAUUAGAGUUGUGUUCGUGCACUGUAAAUAUUGACGGUUUUAUGUACAAGCCUUAGAACAGAGUCCAUCUCCAAGGACUGGAUUUUUUAGUUAUCGGCAUGAAAAUGGGCAUGAUUUUCAAUUUUCAUUUCAAAGGUUACAAGCGUUUCCUGAGAAUUAUGUUAUUUGUAUAUCUACUAUUUAUGGCCUUAAAGUACAUGGGUUGAAGAAGCAUUUGAAUAUAAUCAAACCCUCAGCAGGAUUUCACCUAUCAAUGUAGAAAAUGUGAUUUUUUUGGGGGGGGUCUCCCUGACAAGCGCUUUAGUCCUCGCAAAGCAUCAGUGAGUACAGUUAAUCUCCAUAUCUUCUGUAUUUAUAAUAAUUAAGAUACUGUCUAUAAUCAUUGAGGUCUUCCUUUCUUGUGAUCAAAGUUCAGUCUACCUGGAGCGCUGUUGCACCAUCCCUCUGAUGUCAGAAGCUUGUGCGUGUCAGAUGGUUUAUCAAAGGUUGCCUUGUUGUAACGCCCACACGACUUGCACUCCCAUACAACUAAAAGCCUCUUUUAAAAUGAAAGAAAAGAAAAGGUGUAAACCUACAUUGUUUAUACUGGUGCUUUUACGUUUAGCUCUGUCCUUUUUUUGUACACUUCGGUUAAUUCUUCACAUUACCACUGAUGCACAGUGACGUCUGCUUAUUUGCAAAACAUUUUCAAACUUUCUCAAAUCAGCCGUUGGAUUUUUUUCAUUUUAUUUUAUCUUUAAGAAUCAUGUCUUUUAGUUCAUCAGUGUCUUAUGAUCCAGUCGGAGGACAUUUUUGUUUAAAUGCCCUGAAAUUGCUUCCUUGUAAUUACAAAACACUAAUCAGGUUUAUUCGGCACAUAACGUAUAGGCACUGUACACUCCAGAACUUGCUGGACAUGUACAAAGUGGCGACGCCUUAUUUAUCAACAUAUCAACAUUAUAACGUAAUAUUGCACAGUAUGUAUGUGAUUAAUUAAAAAAAAUCCUUAUAGUUUAAGUUGCUCAGAAGUGUACUACCUUUUUAAUGGAAUAAAAGUGAUUUUUAACGUUC